GCUUCAGAUACUCCAUUGGUGCUUGCGGGAAAGCCGCCGCGCAAGGGUGAAGAGUUCGCGGUUUGUGUCUGCAUCUGAAGAUUAUGCCUUGGCUCUUAACGCGUGCGGUUUUCUGCUCACCGUUACAUACACCGAAGAGUUAUGGUGGUAGUUGGAGGGAGGGAAGUUAAAUGAUCAUUUAUUAUUUCAAAGGAAUGGGCUCUUGUUUCAGCUAUUGCUGUAAAGAGCAAAACAAGCGAGUUAGGCAUGUCAAACCGGCCGGUUACUUCGAUACGUCGAGCCUCAUCGAAUUCGAAACACUUAUUGAUGAGCAGCCAUCUAGCGAGCCUAAAAGUUUGCAAAGCCUGGAGCUUCCUGUGGCCAAAUUUCAUGCACCAGAUGACAGUUGCUGCAACUGCAGCUCGGAGUUGCAGCUUUAUCACUUGAAUUUUGAAGAACUGUCUGCAUCAGAUGAUGAUCUUUUGUCCUUGUCUGGUUUGAGUGACAAUGAUGAAAGCAUCAUUAUUAAGAAGCUGGCCUUUCACCAAGAGGAUGCCUUGGAACUGGAAGAAGAGGCCAAAGCACAGCCAGACACUGUCGAGGCACCUCCAAUUUCUGUAGGCCAAAGGGUUGUCAUGCGAUCAAACCUUGCCAAGGAGGACAACUGGACAGGCGCAGAUCACAAUGCUUGGGCACUUGCGGGGGAGGAGGAAAUCCUGAAUACUGCAAAGCUGCGGUGCCAAGGACACCUACCCAACUGCCCCCAAUUUCAGACAAAGGCAUGGGACAAGGAGCGAGAGCGACUGAACAGCAGCCCCCACUCUUCACUUGACUUAGAGUGGGAGAAUGAAGUUGGGUUAACACCACCACAGCGAUGUGCUUCUGCUACUGAUGAUGACUUCGUGUAUGUCCCUGGUGUGGACACCUGUAGCAACCACUCAACUCCUCUGUCAAAUGAAAAUGACCUUGAAUGGGAUGGCGACCUCUCAAGUGUCCAGAUUGGAGGCUUUGACAUGGAAACAGAACAGCUGAUCUCAGAAAUUGAACAGAUGACCGUAGAUGCCCUGAAAGAACCCUCAGGUGCUUCUAGAUGACCAUCUGUGCACCAUCUAGACAGGUGCACCUGUUGAGGACUGUCUACUGUAUUUUUCUUGUGUGUGUGCCUGUUUGUGUGUUUAUGUGUGUGUGCAUUGGCACAUACUGCUUGCGGUUAUGCUUGGGUUCAUCUUGUUUGAACAUCACACUGUGGUUGUACUAUUUGCAUGAGCACAGUAGCCGACAGUUCGCCAGGCUAGCACAGUGGGUCCAAAGUUAUUUGACUAGCCUGAUGCAGUGCAACUUUGAUUUGAAGCAUAGUCAUCCUUGUCAAAUUCUGAGGAUGUGAAUAUGCUCUGCUUAGCCUAAAAGUUAUGUGUGAACUGCAUUGCCCCUCCUGUGCUUGUUUUGUAUCACCCAGCUUGUCACUAAUUGAUUCUUGGUGGAAAGGGUUGCUUUAUCGGUGUGUCCUUAAAAGGCCAGCAGUAAAUACCAAGGAAAACAGAGGGGCUUUUUGGUGACUUAUGUGAGCGAAAACGUUGAUUUUUAUUGCUGUUACAUUGCAGGUAAAUUGUUUAAAAGCUGCAUUGUACGUCACGUGCAGUGCACCACUAAUUGAGCUACAGCUGUGACUGCAUUCCCUUCUGUGUUUGAGUGCAGAUCUGUGUGUAAAAAUGUGUAUGAUGCCUUGAGAGUGUUAGGCCAUGCUGGUCCUAACCAUCGUGGCAGAUAUUACCCAUUCUCACUACCUUCAUUUCUUCUAAGCUCAUGGCAUAGUGAGCCUUAUGUAAUGCAGUAUCGGUUCUAUAGGUACCAUAAUGUGUCAUCCACCAGUCUGCUGUUAAUAUGUGACCACAGUUCACACAACACUCGCCAUUCAGUCAUGUGUUUUAUAUUUGUUGCCACGGUCAGGAGUAACAUUGGUUAUCACUUCUGAGGGUAGUAAGCAUAAUCUUGUGCAUCUAUUAGUGAAUUAUGUGAAAGGAAAAACAGCCACUGCCUUAGCUGAACCAGCAGAACAUUGCGCACCAAUAUGCAGAAGUUUUGAAUUUGGGCUUCAUAGGCUGUGCGUUUUCUCAAAAGCACCAUAAGUUCAUUGUGGUUUUCUUUGUUUCAGGUACUGUUGACCUUUUCAGUAUAUCACCCUAAAGCCCCCAUUGCCCACAACAUUUCAUACAGUGUGCUCUGAGAAAAAGUAAUAGAUCAAGCAAAGUAAAGAAAAAAAGGUUAAUACUUGUUGGGUCUAAUGGACCUGGAAUACACUGAGGUGUUAAGGAUAUUACUGUGAUCUGCUUUACUUUUUAUAUUCAUAAGGAGUCUAUCUGUUAAGACAGUAUGCAGCCAUAUUUUCCAGAACAUUUCCCUGUGUGCAAGGUAUUGAGUACUGGGGCAUAAUAGCACAUGAAUAAAAUGAUGUGCCUAUCUGUACUGCUCCCAGAGCAUUCCACUUAGCAAUUUCCUCCACGGUUGUUCCAUUAUAACCAUGUCUUGUGUCAUAGUGAAACCGUAAAGACACUUUCCGGCUACCGAACCCACACAUUGCAAAUUCUUUGUGUGGCCAGGGCUAGCCUGGUACAAGGCUCAACAUUGCAAGGCUUGAGGCACAUGGUUCUUUUGAUAUUCAACAGUACCUUUCAAAAUUUUCAGGUGACAUGGCCAUUGUAUUUUUUUUUUUUUUCAGAAAAAUAUUUUUCAUUUUUUUUUGCAGGUAGCAGCCCAUCUUUCAGUACUCAGAGAAAGUUGCCAUUAAGGAAUUAAGUAAAUUCUGGCCCUGCAUGCCUACACAUUGCAUCUGCAGCAAAAGUGCAUUGCUCCAUUUGUGAACAUUGGGCCUCAACCAUCUAGCAUUCUCUGCUGCAUAAAUUUGCUACGGUCAGUUUUCCAACUUCCAUCUUCUUGCUGCACCACUGAAUAGUAAAAGUAAAAGGCUUAGAAGGCAAACACAAAGGUAAGGUGUAUGAGUACCUGCACACACAAGUGUUACUUGGUGAGAUAAAAAAAGAAACUUUCUGCCAAAAAAAGAAAAAAAGCAUAGCAGGCAAGUUGUUAGCACUUCUUGCUCCGAAAGCUUAAACGGGUGGUUACUGGAAAAGUUGUGAUACAGCAGGGUAUACAUACAUUAGCCAGCUGCAACAGUUAACUGUAACAUUUGCAAUUCUCUAAAACCUGACCUGUUGGGUGUAUGGGUGCUAGAGGUAUGAUUGCAGUGUAUAAGAUGGUGCAGCCGUCUUCUGGCACGGCUUCAGCUCGUCUUCUUGCACGGCUUCAGCACUGGUGGGAGUUGACUCUGUACUCAAAGUACCAUAGCCCUUUGUAAUUUCUGGUUUCUGACAAAAAGGUUGGUGAUUAGAUGUUGGUGCUUUAGUGUUGCCAUAUUUAGUACACUAGAAUAUGUUGAUGUUUUUAUUUUUAAGUUACAAGAACUUACAAAUUGAAAAGAAUGUUUCAACUCAUAUGCAAGUCAACUGAAACAUACAAUGACAACCCAUUCUUGUCUUUCGGUGUCGUGAAGGGAAGAAAGGUAAACAUCUAUUAGGGUUGAUGUAUGUACUCUUGUAAUUUCUGCAGAUGCAUACCUGUAGUAGUACCAUGGCAACUGCCAUACUGGGCUUCUCUCAUAACCAUGUAGCAGCAUUACUAAGGCCACAGUCCUCCUACAUAGUAAUAGACCAUUCUGGGCCCCUUCGAGACCAUUGUGUAGGGAGAAACAUUUCCACUACUACGUCUCUUAGCUUUGUGAAGGUCAACAGUCUACUCAUACGAGUGUGAAAAUCAAACUAGACAAGUUUACUUCAAUGUAUGUAAAACUAGUAGCUUGUAACUUGAAAUAAUCUGGAUCUUUGCUUUCUUAUCACCUAUGAUAGCAGUUUAUUGAAGUGUAGUGAAUUGGGCUUGAGAGUGCUUUGAAAUUGUGGCACUUAACUGUCAUAAAAAAAUAUUUUGUCUGAACUUUUGCUCAUGCGUUUAAAGGGACACUAAGGGAAAAUAUUAAGUAAGCUGCAUUGAAAGAUAGGCUUCUGUAAUAACGAAUUCAUCAUUCAUAAUCAAAACAGAGCUUUUCGUGAGUGAGAAAAUAACAGAUGGAAAAUGGGAGCACCGCCACCUGCUGUGGACAGUGGUACCACUCAUGUUUGAGAUCGGCACUGCUGAUUCACAGAGAGUGGCUGCUAUGUCCCGCCAAUGCCCGCUGCAAGUGGCAUCACUUUUUUUGUUUAUAACCCUUGGCCGAAACCUAGGCGGGGUCCAGCCCACGCCACCAAAUUGCAGGGCACUCAAAGUUAUUUGAAUGAAUGAACUGCCACCUCUGAGACGGCAACCACCUUUGCCCACUCUGGCCCUUAGGCUCAAGUAACUGUAUCCGGCAUCCUGAACACAAGAUCCACAGAGUGAUUCAUGCAAGCAGAACACCUGCAGUCACCAAGCAGUAUGCUUUGUAUAUAGAGCUAAAUAAAUAGUUUCUAAAAGACAACAGCAGCAUAGAGGGAGGCCACAUGGAGAUGAUUACAUCAACUACGCCAUUUUGCCGUGGGCUGUUCAAAUUUAGGAGCAGAAGCGGGACCUGCGGCGGCAGUUUUCUACACAACAAAGUUAUAUAUGGGUGCACAAAACACAAUGAUAGACUUCUGGACGAAUACUUCAUCAAUCUAGCCCAACUUGAUAUUUUCCUUAAAUGUCCCUAUAAAAUUUAAGUUCUUAAGAUGUCACUGAUCAAGGUGUCCUUUGUGAAAAAAAAAUCAGCUGUACGUAUUGUUAAAGUUGCUCAUCUGUAUAUAUGUUUUAAUGUUCCUUCUCAGAAAUGAUUCAAACCUACCAGUGUUCCCUUUUAUGCGAAAUACUUCCUUUUUCUUUUUUUUUUCUUUUCUUGAAGAAGCAGUCUUAUCUAGACCCCUGCCAUUUUUGUAGAUAGUAGGCAUUACCAGCAAGAAAUUUCUCCUAUAAUUUCGUGAAUUAUCAAAAAUGUGCUAAUGAACUUUUUAACUACUCAUUUUAGAACACAUGUACUUGUGAAAUUGAAGCCAAAAAGUAGUGAAGUCAUUUCUGCAUAGCAGAAAUCCUAUAACUAGCAACACUUUUGAGAUCUACGACUUUAAACUGUGCUACGAUAUACAUGGGCAUUGCAGUUAAGUUUCCUAAAAGCGUGCCUCCAAAAGUUCGAAUUAUCUUACCAGGAACGCCGAGGCAUUCUUUAGCAGAUUUUGUGGAUGGAUCUCACAAAAGUGGUGAUGGCUUUAAGAUUUCUGCUUAGCAUGCAUGAGUUCGCUAUUCCUUUGCUCCAAUUUUGCAAAUAUGUGUGCCCUAAAGUGAGUAAUUAAGAACUUAAUUAGCACAUCUUAGGUAAUUAGCAAAAUUAUUGUCAAUUUUUUUUAAUGCUAAUGUCCGCCUAGUCACGUAGCGUAUCUGAAUUAACGGCAGGGGCCUAGAUGCGACAGUUUCUUUUAAAAUAAAGCGUUCCGUAUAAAAAGAAUGCCUGGUAAUAUUGGUUUGUGUUUGUGGAACUCUACACUAGCCAUUAUGAGAAAAAACUAUAUUGCCUCGUUUUUAUACUCUUUGUGUUUUCACUAACUAUUGUGUGAAUCCUUAACAUGUAGUUAUAUCUAUCCCAUCUUGCUUUUUUUAUGACAUGUGCCUUAUUUUUAUUCUUGGUUUCUUAUAUGUUGAAUGUAGAUUAUGACACUCAAUUAGACACGAGAGCACAGUUUAAAGGGCCCCUCACCAGGCUGCGUAGCAAAUUUUGGUUAUAUGCUGGAAGUUGUUACGUGCCCUCUAGGGAGCGUUCUACCACAAUAAUUUUUCAAAUUUGUUCAUUAAUAGUCAAGAUAAAAUUCUUUCAUGUGCCACGAACCCAUGAUUUCAGGAGGUGAGCGUCACCACCAACAUAGACACUCUCUCCAUUUGCCCCAAUCUAGUCUCCGCAAGCAAAAUUCCUUCCCUGUGUUCUCCCAUACUGGAGCUGGAGGAUCACGUGUGACACAUACGUCACAGGCCACCGCCUUCUUUUUUUCACUUUUUUUGCUGCAUGGUGCACUUCUGGUCACGGUCGUGCACAUGAGCUAUUGCGUUUGUCUUGUUUCGCACAGCGCACAAUUUUGCACGCUGUGGAUGAGAACUCCUGAUUAGCGGUAUAAGUCGGUGCUACACGAACACUGAGGCAGACACAAGCAGAUCACAGAGCAUGAUCGUACGUUGGAACACUGUAGAAAAUGGCAUAGUUUCGUUGUCUACGUGCGCGACUGCACGACAUGGGAACAAACAGACGAAACGGAAGUACAUCUCUCUUGCUACAGUACAAAAGUAAAACAAAGACACGCAGACAUUUAGUUCAUAGGUUUUAUUAUUGCUCCGAACUUUAAUUUGCCUCUUGAAGCAUAAGAACAUAUAACUGCUGUUGCCUUGAAUAAUUCUCAGUCACGUGUGACUGGGAGUGACGUCGCAGCACUGUGAACUACGUAGGUGCGCUUGAGAAAGUGACGUCGACUCUCCAGGUGGGGGCGCAGCGCAAGCAAGGAGAAGGGCACUGGGCAUGUGGCACGUAAUGGUGUAAUACUUUGCAGGCACGAUCAUCAGUACGCAUUGUAUGCACUGCAUUUGUCAGUACAAAAUGGCCAGACCUAAUGAGGGGCCCUUUAACAUGGGAGCUGCUGAGAAUGUGCCAUGCGAGAUCAUGUUAUUCUUUUCGUUACCCUAUAAUAGAAUAUGAAGAAUGAUAUUUAUGUAUAGACACUUUGCCAUACACAGUUUGCUGCAACUAAAAUUGGGUGGUGCCACUGUGCACUUUGAUCCAUGGGUGGCCUUGUGUGAAGCCAAAAUGCAUUGCUAGCAACAGCCAUGUGCAGUGUGCAUACCACUGUCAGAAAGUCCAGCACGGCACAUUUACCAAGAAAGUAUGCCAAGAUGAAAAAAAUUAAGUGCACCAUCAUUGGGUGUUAAAACACUGUUUGGGUUCCAUCAGGGUGCAGAGCUUGUCUGUGUGUGGACACAAGCCUUUUCAGCAUUUAGGCUAGUACUUAAAAGCUUAUGCACUAAAUUGCACAAUUGCAAACAAGAAGAAAAACAACUUGGAAUCAACUGAACCACCAAUUGUAUCAGUUAAGUACUAUGAACUACAUAGCAAAACAUGAUAAAUUUUACACAUUAGAAUGGAAAAGCAGUACAUAGAACAAGUGGCAGUACUUGGAAAUGCAGUUGCUUUUAAACGAUUUAGCUGAUUUGCCAUAGCUGUUAACCAGAUUAUGAUGCUUGCUAAUUUUUUUUUAACUGUCAAGUUUGUAGUUUCAUUGAUACAGCUCUGAGAGUGACCUUUGAGAGUGUGCCGUAUUGUAUGUGCACAGUGUAGCAUACAAGUUUCUGAAGGAACCUUCACAGCUUUCUUGGUUAGCCACAAUAUCAGUGCAGUAUGCUGAGGUGGCAGACGAGACAGUCAAGCACGAAGCAAAGCUGAUUGGAUGGGAGAACAUGCACUAGCAUCAUGGGAAAUGCUCCAGAAGUGAAAGAUGCGGUCAAAUUAUUGUUUAUAUCUUGCUACAUGGAUCCGGGCUGCGUAGGUACAUUCCUUGAUGGGAAAGCAACGUGCAUCAGGCUCUUUUGUCAGCCAUGAAAUCACAAAUGUUUCAACUAUUGCAUGUUUUGUGCGUGAUCAAUUUUGUACUGUACCCUUUCACGCUCGGGGCGACUUCCAAAACUUGCUGUUCUGCAACCAGCCUUUCAAAACACAAGGCCACUCAUGCUGGCACACCCAUAUGACCAAAUAUAAGUCCCAUGCAGUGGCAAUGCAAGGCGUCUGUAGUAGUUGGUACUCCAAAAAACGUAUUUUCAAUCAACUACAGCUGUAGUGACAUACCUGACUCAUACUUAGUUGAUACUGUACUAGCAGUAUUCUUUUCUUUUGCCGUUCAUGAUGUGAACAGUACCAGGAUUGGCAAGAAUGGUUAUUCUACUGCCUUGUACAAAUUACUGGAACAAUGUAGCUAGAUUCUGCAUUUAAAUUUAUUCUUUAUGCAUGCUGGCACUCCUCUCUACAAACAUAACUGUGCCUGCCCUUGUACACACAGCAGCACUUAAGUUGUGCUGCUCAAAAUUUCGUUUAUAAAUAAGAUUUCCCUUUUUUUUUUCUUUUGCUACUUAUCAAUGCAGCAUACAUUGAAGGCUCCCACUUUGGGUUAUCAUUCUGUAGUCUCUGAAAUAUGCAUAGUCUGUUUUUUAAUACAGCCUUAUUCCAAGCUUCAGCAGUUGACAUAAAAUGCAUCUUGAAGGUAGUGCUAGCCCUUGAAUUGAGAAUUUUUGAAAGUAUGAGAAACAUAGUCUAGAACCUUGCUCCAGUAUUUCGUUCUAUUGAUUGUAGCCCCUAAUACAUGCGUGUGGUGUUGGGACUGCUUUGCUAUGCAAGCUUCUACUGUGCCACUCUUAUACAGGCAGUACCCAGCUUAUCGCAAAGCAAUUGCCAUAUUCGACAAAACAGCAAUAUCUGAUUUCAUUGAUCUGACCAACAAAUUAGUGAACAGAUACUUAAGUGGCUAGAAUAUUCACGAAUACAUUUUGUCACACUAACAGGGCAGCUCAGCUGAAUUUUACUAUGGUCUUGCCUCCAUGAAGUUAACUAUAACAGCAAACAUGAAGGAUGCACGUCCUAUCGGAAAUGUUAGGGCCAGGAAAAGGUUUUACAUUAUUUUGUACACUUCUCUUGGUAGUGCAUUCUGUUCUAGCUAAAAAAGUGUGCGGCACUUAGCUUUUCUGGCCAUGAAAGUCUAAUGAAUGCUGUCAGAUAAGAAACACACAUGACGCUGAAUGGUUUCUGCUUAGCAUCCCUAAAGCACUUGGCAUAAUGGCCGUGGUUGUGGCUUCCAGCUUCAAGGGCAAGCUUCUUCAAAAGCGUGGCAUCUGUUAUUGUUUUCAUUAUUAACUAAAUAAAUUUUGAUUUCAAAGUUGCAAAGUGCAAGAACAACCGCACACUUAGGUUUAGGUGCAAGUUAAAUUAUUUAAAGUUGAAGAUUUAGGUGGUCCAAAUUAUUCCGGAGUACCGCAGUACGCCGUGCCUCAUAAUCAAAUCGUGGUUUCGGAAAGUAAAACCUUAUAAUUGUGAUUUCAAAGUGUGGUAGCAGUAUUCUUUUUUUAACUUUCAUUUUACUUUUUCUCUUAAUAACAUGUUUGGUUCGUAUUGUCUUUUGAAAUUGUAGUCCCGUGAAGUAAUUUUUCGUAGGCUUCUUUUCCAUAGUGCAGUUUCCCUCUCUGUCUUUGUUUCCCUUUUUAGAAAAUUUACUACAGUCCUGUCACCAUUAUGUUAGCCAUAACUGCAUUAAAGGAGCCCUGAACCACCCCUCGGGCUUGGUGAAAUAACAUAGUCUGCGGGUAGCAUACGCUGCUGUGAACAUUUCGGCCAAGUUUUGCUGUCGUGCGCGGUGCGUGGAGCUCGCAAGUGGAUCACGAAGUCGCCUUUUUCUCAAACGCUGUCUUUUCAACACAAGGCCCUGUCCUCACUCUCUUAUAGAUGCACUAUUUCGUACGCACUCUCAUCGGAUGCACUACCAAGGCGGAAGUCGUGGCGUCUAUGUUGCCAUCCAAAAUGAAAUUUGAACAGCGCGCCACGGUGACAUGUAGAAGGCAGAGCAUUGUGGGCAUGCCCCACUACGCCGUACCUUUCGCAAUACAAGGCAUUGAAGAAGGAACUGGAGCACAGAGGAGGCAGUGUUUGAUUGCCAAUGACUCCGCUUCUGCUGAAUGCAUUGAAGUACUUUUUGCGGCAAAGCAUUUCUGAAAUAGCCUAUUUUCACUUCAAAUGCCUUUCUCCAUUUCGAUAAAAAUUGGUUCAGGGCCCCUUUAAGUAUGCUACAAAUACAAGUCCUGCUUGCUUGGAUUUAUGUUAGGCUGUAGUGAAAUUUUGAGAAGGAGUAGUCUGUUAAAAGUGUGCAAGCUCUUUCCUCUCGCCAAGAUCAACCACAAACAAGCUGUUAUGCGAGCUGUGCUAGAAGAACAUCGUGGUGUACUGGCACACUCCAUUUAAAGUGUUGUGUUGUAAGCAGUAAUUCUUUGUGCCUGUAGUGUAUGUGCGUGCAGCAAUUGCCAACAAGGUUACCGUAGGUGCAUCGGACUGGGUGUCAGUCUUGACGGAUUAUGUGGAUUUCAGUUGCACAGCAGUGGUACCUUUGUGCAGGUGUAGUUUUAUAGCAUGAAAUUGUGUGUAGGUGUUAGCUUUGCUACAUUAAGUGUCCUGUGUGAACCCUUUGCACUGGGAAAGGGUGUUGUAGAGGUUGCUGUGCUAGUGCAGUUCACACCUGUGUUGACGUCUGGUCGUGAUUUUGUGAGGCUGUAUAUGCGUACUCUAGGCGCCCUCAGUAUUUAAACAAUCUUCAGGUAGGAGAAGUGGCAGGGUCUAUUAUUGUGAAUGCAAAUCAUGGGAAAGGUCAACAAAGCUUAAGGGAUGAAAAGUCGCGAUGUUCUCUUCAGUUAGCUUUAGAAUGGCUGCAGAGAGUAGAGCAAUUUAAUGACAGUAGUAACUGUGCAACAGGGAUAAUUAGGUUGUACAACUGCAGAGGGCAUUGGAGCCAACAUUUGUCAGAGGGCAAAUGAAACAAUACCACUACUUCUGUGUGAAUUCCGUACGCAAGCCCUUGAGCAUAGAAAUUCUCAUUGUCCUGCAUUCCACCUUGCAUAUACCUCUCCAGGUGCACUCGGGGGGCCAGCUUUCCGUGUGGCAUGCAAAAGAGCUACAAAAGGGCUUUCGCAAACUGGCAAGUGCAGGUGUGCCUUGCCAGAGAUGUGCUUCUGAAAGACAGAAGUUUCGGCCUGUGCAUGCUGGCCUCUGGCACAGACAAAUAGCAGUGAUGAGCCGUAACAGACUUAGCCAGCAUAAAGUGAAUACUACCGUGCACAUGUGCCAGUCUGUCGCAGGAAUUUCAUGUUGAUGUAUACUUGCAGAACUGGUCUUUCAAGGUCACAGCAUUGAAGCACAGAUGGGACCAAACUAAAAAGCUUCCUCGGGGAAAAAAAGUUUAAAAUUGCCGUUUUCUGCCACUUUCUUGUGUAUUUUACAGUAUUUGCGCAUUAGUAUUACCCUUGAGUGAGCCAGCUGAACCUGUGUUCUUUGUUGAAAUUCUUCCUUUUGUGGACUGUGCGUGGGAUAAAAUCUGGUAACUUUAAGCUUGCCAAGGAUGGCAAAUAUGUGCAGGUUGUAAAUUGUUAAUUUCUUCCUUCUGUGUGGUCGGCAGUAACGGGAAGUAGCAUCUGUUUGCUCACUUAUGCAAAAUAUAUCCUAUGUAUGUUUCUCAUAUCAUUUUAAAAUGUCAAGACUUAUAGCUGUCUGUGCAAUUGUCAUGCUAAUUGCUUAAUUAGCCUUUCUCUUUGUCAUAAAACUAAAUGUACUAGAAAGCUAGAGAUAUCAGACAAUGUGCAUUAUGUAACUAGGCAUUGUAAAAGUCAGCACUAAGUGCUCAAGGUUUCAGCUUGCCUUGCACUCUACAUAUACAUGUGUAACAUACUACAUAAUUGGGCAACCUGCCAGUGAUGGAAUGUGAGAAGACUCUGUCUGCUUGCAGUGGUGAACAUAAAAGUUGUGAUUUAUUGCAAUAUAAAUUUUGCACCGAGUAUACGUUGGUCAUUUGAAGUUGUGUUAUAUGUAAUGUAAUAUGGUAGCUCGCUUGCAUUCAUAGCAUAUAUAUUGGCUGUUUUCUGCAAGAGUACCCUGAUGCUUGUUUCCCGAGUGAGCUAAAAUCCAUAGUGCAUAGUUUUGUGGAAUCUCAAAAGAACUACAACAGAAACAGACUAUCAAAGUGACUAUCAUCUCUGUACAUGUGAUCAAGACAAAAAUACCCUUGAAAUCAUAGCAUAAGGUGCGGCCUUGCGUAUACACAAGCAAGUGUGGUGUAAUGUUUGGAACCCAAUUUCAGUGUGUUCCAACAAAAAGCAGAAAAAAAUGGGAGCUGUAUAAACUUGAUUGUUGUGCAGACCUUUAGUGCUAACUGUUCACAUCCCUUGAGAAUAACCGUGUUUUGUAGUAUCCCGGAAUGGUAGACAGGCCUAGGAAAAAAGUGAUACAAUAGCAGAACACAGCAGCGCAUAAAUAAAGUAUUUAUGUGCCUAGUCGUGCUCAUAUAUUGCAUCCCAAAGUAGACUGCGUGCACAGUGCACAAAACAACGAAAUUGUUUUGUUCUUGUUUUUUCAUUUCUUCCUACAUCAGUGGCACAUCCUGCUUCUUUCACAAAUGCUAGAUUUCUUAAAGUGUAGAGUGGAAGUUGUCUUGCAUGCUAUGACAUAGGGUUGAUGCAACAUGUACUCCUACAGGAAUGGAACUUAAAAAGUGCAGUGACUGCUGCAAUAAAUAUGUACAGACAAAAACAGGUCAAUUCAUGCAUAAUUUCUUACAAAUUUUCUGUUGUGUAGGAUGUUUGUUCAAUAAGCAAUGUAAAAACACAAUAGAAUCAUAUUUUCCCCACAAAAUUGCUUUUUACUUUUCAAUAUGGUCACCUUGGAGCUCCACACUCUUUGUCCAGUGGUAUUACAGUUUUUUUAUCUCGGAAAAGUAGUUAGUCUCAAGGACUUGCAGUGACCUCAUUGUCUCAACAUGUCUUUCCCGAAGCCAGAUUUUGAGGUUUGGAAAUACAAAGAAGUUGCAUGGAGGCAAAUCAGAAGAAAAUGGGGGAUCAUGGUAACAAUGCAGACCUGGAUUAGUACAAUUUUUCCAUUGCAACUGCGAGCCAGGCCAUUAUCUUUAGGAAAGACUUCUUUUUUCUCGGAUUUCAGCUGAUUUAUUUGCAGCUCUUCAACCAAGCUGUUCGGAAGUAUUGCACAAUAUUCUUUAUUUAUCACCUGACCCUCCAAUAAGUAGUCAAUAAAUUUCUUAAAGAUCGCCAAGAACUGGUUGUCACCUUCCCAGCUGACAAAACGAAGUUCACCUUUAUCGCACACUUUUGUCAGGUGCCGAUCACUGUGUGUGUAAUGGUGUUUCCAAGUUUCAUUCAUGGUCACAAAUUGGCACUGAAAGCCUUGCGGAUUGUGCUUAAGCAUUGACACACAUAGUUUUGAAAUGUCAUCUCGCAUUAAUUUUUGGUUGCGUUUUGGUCAAUCACCCGGCAAAGUUAUGUUACAUGGUGAUUGAGCUUGCCAUGUGAAAUUGGGGCAAAAACAGAAUGUUGCAUUAUGCUUGUGCAAACUGCAGGUGAACUGAACAUUAGCGUUCUGUCCUAGAUACCACUCCUUAUAAGUCUAGUGUAUUUCGUCACCUGGGAUUAUAUGCACAUAUCAUGCCUCCAUCUAAUGAAAUUUGCAAAUUUCAUUGCAAUUACAUAUUCUAUGGCACUUAUGGAUUGGAUUACAUGUGCAAACUGUAGCAAAACCCGAUUGAUUUUUAAGCUUUCAUUUCAGUUCACGUGAAAAAUAUCGGACUGCUGUGUUGCGAAUUGCAUGUAAUUUACUAUGAGGAAAGUACCGGAUACUGUGAGCUGUGGCUAAUCGAUGACUUUUAUAUAAAGAUGCUGUGUUGGUUGUUCAUGCUGUAUUGUUGUAUAUCUAGUCAUGUUUUGUAAACGAGUCCUUGAUGUCAUCAUUUCUGAUGUGUUGAGUGCAUAACAGGUAUAUUUUCACCAUAAUAAAGAACAUGCUUUGUAAAAAAAAAAAAUGAGUACGGUAUUGAUAUGAUGCACAAUGUUUCCACUGUUUUGUGCAGUGUACACCAGUGAGCCAAGUAUGAGUGCUGUGAGAAUGGAUGACAGAUGGGGACAAAGACAUGCUCUAGCGUGUAAGAAAAAAAAAAAAAAAGAUGCAGAGACAAAAGGACAACAGAAAAGGUGGUCCGAAAGGUGGUCCAAAAGGUGGUCCUUUUGUCUCUGCACCUCUUCUCGUUUUGUCUUAUGCGCUGGAAUAUGUCUUUGUCUAAAUUCCAAGUAGCCCAACUCUUUAAAGACAGAUGGGGAGCCAUAUGGUUCUCGGUCAAAAGUGAGAAAUUAUGGCUGCCCCUUCUGUGGUUCCUGAUGGACACCACACCCCAGAGGAGGCGUCAGUGCAAAACUCUACAGUGCAACUUGCAUUAAGCAGGCUGGUACUCAUCCAGUUUUAUAUGUUUAUUAUGAAAUGCGGUGGCAGUCGCAGGCUUUCAGUGUAGUGGGUGUGUUUUGUUCCAAGUGGUCUUAGGAGCAUUUCUGACUGUACCAUCUGCAAGUAUAAUUGAGAGAACAAUGGUGCUGUCAUUAUAGGACACUGCUAGCUUGUCAUAUAGGCAGCCUCCCCCUCCGCCAAGGCAUCUGUGUGAAUUUAAUAUAAUAAUAUGCAUUUAUUAGCAAGUUUCUUUAACAUCCUGCAACACCGCGAUUACGAUGUCAACUGUAAAAAAAAUGGACUAUUAAGCCUUAACAGUAAGAGCUUGUUUAUAUGACCCUUGUUAACCCUGUAAUGCCCACCAUUCAUAUAUGCUACGCUGAGUUUGGUGCCUCAAAAUGCUGAUUUAGGCAUGGAAAAAAAAAUGUAACUUGGACUUUGCAUUAAGUAUAUGCAGGAGUGAAUUUUCAGUUGGUAACAGUUAAAAAAAAGACAUAUUUAAUUACCUAUACUAAAUAAGUAUAGCUCAAAUAACAGAUGUACUCUCCAUGGCUGGAAAUAACGGUGAACAAGUUUUCAAGGAAGCAGAAGAAAUCACAAUAGCCCUUGCUAUCAAAGCGACGGAACCAAACCAACAACAAAUAACCAUCCUAUCAGACUGUCAAGCGGCAUGCAAAAGCUACCUCAGGGGACGAGUAUGCACCGCAGCCUAUAGGAUUAUACAAGAUAUAAAACCCCGAGCCAGAUUUCACCUUUUAUGGGUACCCGGUCAUGAGGGAAUCAGGGGAAACGAAGAGGCUGACAGAGUAGCUCGUGCGCAUGCUACACCCCACGGGUGCUCACAGGACGCCUCUGACGACCCGAUCCCGAUUGACCAGAACUACUCUGCAAUUUUAAACUAUCACAGAGGAAAUAGAAUGAAGCUACCACCCCCAGAUAAGAAUCUCAGUAAGGAAGAACAGGUUAUAUGGAGAAAGCUGCAAACCUAUACAUAUAACAACCUGCACAUUCUCCAUAAAAUUCAUCCGGAAAGAUAUACGGACACAUGUCUAUGGUGCGGAGCCACGCCAACCUUAGACCACAUCUCAUGGGCAUGCACGGCAUAUCCACAAAAGACAAACACAGAAAUUACGGAGCAUACACAAUGGGAGGCAGCACUGUCCAGCUCGCAGGAAGAGGUCCAAAGGGCCAUCAUCCGACAAGCAAGACGGCGCGCAGAAGCCAGUGGGGCCCUUGUCUAGGGGCUCCACCCAUUGAGCGUAUUAUUCUACAAUAAAGUUCUUCUUCUUCUUC